AUGAAAUAAAAUCCCGCAGCACCACCAACAAAAUAAUAGCCACAAUAACAACCUCCUGCCAAAGACCCUCCAAAAACUACUGGUAAACCAAAUGAUUAAAAAUAACAAUAACCAUAAUAACAACAGCCGAUUCAACAACCCAAAACUGCUUAGGCAUCUCCACCCAAAAAGGAAACUGUCAAAGCUUCAACUAAUGAUAUAGUAAUUUUUCUAUUUUAUGGCAUAUAGGAUCACAUCUAAAAGAUGAAGCAAACUAUGAUGGACUUUUAAAAUAAGUAUUUUGAAACUCUCAAAAAUAAGUAAGAUUCCAUUUCUCAGAAGGUUAUUUCUUAUCGUAUUCUUAGCUAUCAUUGAGAAAUGCUGAAAGAGUUGAAGAUAAAAUCCUGAAUGCAAUUCGCAAAGGAGUCUUGCAAUUAGAAGUAAAUUACAAGUUAAUAUUUUUAUAAGAAUUCCAAAUAUAAUUAUGUUGAAGGACACAUGAUGGAUAAAAAGGUCUUGAUCGUCGAAAAAGAAAAAGAUUAAUUGCAAACCAAACUAUAAAAUGUUGAUACUGAAUUGAAAACUCUCAAAGGUCAGAAAAUCAACAACGCUUAUAGUGCCUACAGUCAGCCCACUCUCAAAUUGUAUAUGCAAGAGGAGAAUCUCACCAAGUAACAAUAAGCCCAAGAGACUGUUUAGAAGAUCCAAAAUGAAGCUAAGACAAGAAGAGAAAAAACUAAUAAGAUAUUGAGUGAGAAAGAGAAGAAAGAAAAGGAAGAAGAAGAAAGGAAAAAAUAAGAAGAUGCCAUCAAAACGUAAUCAUUAUUCUUACCAUUUUAUAGAUAAUAAUUGAAAGAACAGUUACAUGCUAAAUUAAGAGAAAAUAUCGAAGAUCUGAAGGCAAAACAAAAGCAGCGACUUGAAAAAAUGGAUAAGAUGGAAGAUGAUUAUUUUAAGAGUUUGAAUGAUAAAUUAUCAAAAAUGAAUAAGGAAAGAGCAUUAAUUGCCUCAGUAGAUAUUCCUAAAGUCAAAUUGAAACCCUAUAAAAAUGAAGGUCAGAAAAAAGAUAAGAAGAAAAAGAUUAGACCCAAGAGUGCAUCUCCUAAUAGUAAAAUCUUACAUCCACCAAAGAAAAUUGAAAUCGAAUAGCCUCUAUACAUGAGAGUUUUAGAUAAGUAUAAUAAAAAGAUACAAAAAUAACAAUAAAUUGUUAAUCAAGAGAGAAAAAUGAGAAUGGAAAAGAAUGAAUUUUAUAAUUAAGAAUAUGAGGAACACAUGAAAGAAUAUUUAAAGAAACUUAAAAUGAAGAGGAGAGAAUAUGAGGAAAAAAGAAUGAAAGCACUUGAAAAAUUAGGUUUAGAAGCUGGUAAAUAUAGUUAAAAUGUUAAUGCAAGUUUUGAUUCCAAAUUAUGGUUAUUGCAAGAGUCUAGAGUUAAUAAAUCUCUUGAUGAUAUCUCUGUUAUUCCUAAAGAAACCUUGAUUAAUUAAGCCAAAGAAAAAAAAUCCAAAAUCAUAAAUUAUGAUAAAAAAGUUAAAGAAACCAUUAAAAUCUAAAAAGAUAAAGAAAAAGAAGAAGAAUUACUUGUUUUAAGGGAUAAAACAAUCCAUCCUGAAAGAUAUAUUAGAAUGGUCAAAAAAAAUGACAAAGAAUAAGAAAAGGAACCUGAGUUUGAAAUCUAUUAACGAGAAGAAGAAGCUAGAUAAUAAAAAGAAAAAGAAGCGAAAGAAAAAGAAAAGGAGAGAUUUAUUAAAUUAUAAGAAAAAACUAAAAAGGAACUUGAAUAAUCAAUUAUAUUGAGUAAAUAAAAAGAAGAAGAUAAGAAAAAAAAGGAGGAAUUUGAUUAUGAAUAUGAGGAAACCUUAGCCAAAUAAAAAGGAAAGGAAUAUCUAAAAGAAUUUAGAGAAUUACAUCAAAAGGCACUUGAGUUAGAAAAAGAAGAGAGAGAAAAACAAUUAAAAUUACUAUAAGAAUAAUAGAAGAAAAAGAAAUUAGAAUUGCCAUAAAUCACUUCUACUCCAAAAAUUGUGAAAAAUCAAACUUUAGGAACUGUAAUUUAAAUACGUUAUCAUUUAGCUUGAGAGACAUGAUUAUUUAUAAGAAGUUUUGUAAUAAGCUAAAAAGGAAAGAGAAGAAAGAAAAGAAAAGGAAAGAUUAGAAAAAGAAGAAAAGAUCAAAGAAGAAGAAAGAAAAAAAGAAGAAGAAAGAAGAAAGAGAGAGGAAGGACUUGAGUAAACACCAAGAAAAGUUGUCAAUUUAGAUAAUUUAGACGAUGAAUAAAAAGAAGAGUUAAGAAGAAAGAAAUUAGCGCUGCAUAAUUAAAAAGUUGACAAAAUUAAAAAAAAAGUAAUAUUUUGACAUUAUCAUAAUAGUUUAUUGAUGAUAAAACUAAUGGUGAAUCAUCUUAACAUGAAAGCUACUUAAAAAGAAAAGCAGACUAAGUCAACAAAUUAGACAAAUAAACUAAAAGCAUGGAAUCUGUAAAAUAUUAUAAUAUUAAAUUUUAGAUAGUAGAGGCUUCCUGGACUACAAAACCACUAAAAGCAGUAGAAAAGGCAUCAGAAGUAGAUGCACUUUAUAUUAAGUCAAUUCAAUAAAAAUUAAGUCUAUUAUCAUCUGGUUAAAAAGCUUGA